CAAAAGAAUUGUGCACACACACACAUGUUAUGGUGGAGGAAGAAAAAGAGAUUUAAGUCCCGUCAGCCAUAUUAUGGUUAGUUCUUACGGUUCUUUUUCUCUUCUUAAGUUUUAGUAUAGUCUUCAGAAAACCUAGCCGGAUCUUAUUUGUUGCGAAUUUUUCAGAUUUGUUUCCCUCUCUUUCUUGUUCUUUAAUUAUGAUUUUGGAAUCAUUUAUCUUACCAUUUCCUCAAUACUUCUUGAUCGCUGUAUAAGAAUUUCUUUUGGUUCAGUUAAAAACUUUGCUUAGAUUGCUUGGACGACAUGUUGUUCCUAUUUCAUCCAAAACCAGAUAGUCCUUUCCAUAAACUUCAAGUUUUACAUUUUCUGAUGCAGAUUCUAUAGUUGUGUUUUAAUUUGAAGAGAAACAAAUGGUGGGUAGAAAGAAGAAACCCAAGACUUGUGACCACGGGUCGCAUGAAGAUAGGAUAAGCCCUUUACCUGAUGAUUUGAUAUCUCACAUCCUUACUCAUCUUUCUACAUGUGAUGUUCUUAGAACAAGUCUUUUAUCCAAAAGAUGGAUAAGUCUUUGGGAACGUGUUCCUGAUUUGGACUCUCACUCAUUCUCCAGUUUCGAUGCCUUAGUAAGAUUUACCAACAGUUUAUUUGAUAAACACAAGUUAUCAUGGAUACACAAACUCAGGUAAAAUGUUCGCACCCAUGGUAUUGAUGACACAUCUUAUCUCACCCCUUGGAUAGAUGCUGCUAUCAUUCAAAAUAGUCAACAUCUCGAUGUUCAUUUUGCAUCCUUAUUCAUGGAUCAAGUUCAGAUACCUUUGAACUUGUAUACAUGUGCGACAUUGGUACACUUACGUCUCUAUGGGGCAUGCAUGGUUAAUGCUCCGGAGGUUUUUUCCUUACCUUGUCUAAAGAUCAUGCAGUUAGAAUAUGUUAACUAUAAAUCAGCCUUUACAAAAUGGAGUGGUUAUUGAUCCUCCUCUACUCCAGAGUUUGAUGAUUAAGUGUUACUUAACGAAGAAUUUGAAGAUAAUCAAUAUAGGUUUCACUGCCAAGGUGGAUAUUGAUAUCUCCUUAGGUACAAGCUAUGAUUUAGAUGCUAAUGGUUCAUCGAAGAAAUUAAAAGCAUGGUUUGCAAGUUCUUCGCCAGUAUUUCAAGGGCCAGAUGUCUAGCCAUUAUUCAUAUUACUGUUAAGGUCAUCAAGCAAUUAGAACCUCAGCUCCAAUUUCCUUACCUAUCCCAAUUGAGCGCUAGCUUUUCUGUGUUCGAUCUGAAAGUGUUGCCAAUAAUUCUUAGGAGCUGCCCAAAGCUAAAAUCUCUCAUCUUGGACUUGGUUGAUCGUCCUAGGGAUAGUGGAGAGCCAAAGGUGAUGUUUUCAUCCAUGCCUCCUUGUUUGAUAUCAUCGCUUAAGUUUGCUUAAUUGAAAAGUCCGAUUUUGGGGUAUGAAGGAGAAAUGGAGCCAGUAAGAUACUUCCUGAAGAAUUCAAGAGUCCUGGAGAAACUGAGUCUAAGUUUUGAGAACCAUAAUAGAAAAAAAGCAAAUUCUCCAGGAACUCCUUACAAUACCAAGAUGCUCUAGCCUCUAGCACUUGUGAAGUUGUUUUUCUUCGAUUGGAAAAGAACAUUGUUUAACAUGUGAGGUUAUUUAACCUUUCUUAUGUCUCUUUAUAAUUGUUUUCGUGUUAUAACAAUUUCUGUUUCGACUUUUAUUUUAUAUUUUAUGAAACAAAGUAUUGUCUUCUAUGUGUCUGUAAAACAACUUUUUAAAUCGAACUGGGUUUUCAUAUUUGAGCUUGUUUUUCCAUCAAAUCUGAUUUAGUAUGUUGUGAACUUGUAUAUGCAUUUUGUUGUUUUGUUCUUGUCAAUAUAGUAACAUCAUUGUUGUAUUUGUAUCUAAGUCAUGGAAAAUGUUAUACUAUUGCAAAAUGUGUAUUUGAGCAUCUCACUGUAAGAUGAAUAUUAAUCAAAGAACAAUACAUGGAAAAACUUAUGCUUGCUAUGUUUCGAGUUUUAGUUUGUAUCAAUUUCUGUUUUGAAAAUUAUAUUAAAACAUACAACAAACAGUAUUUUGAAGAAAAGACGAUAUAUAGUUUUGUAGUGCACAUUCAGAAACAAAUUGGCCAUUCUUUGUCUAAACGCGCGUUGAUUUGCAAAAAAAAAAUGUUGAGAACAAUUAAUAAAUAAUAGGAAACUGUAAAUAACAAUUAAUAAAUCAUAUUAAUAAAAUAUAUGAUUUCUAGGGCAGUCAAAUUACGACCCACAUUCAUAUAAAUUAACUUAACCCAAACUUAUUAGGGUUUCAGUUGUUGGGCUUCAGUCUAAACAAAACACACUCAUUAGUGAGAAAGGUAAACACUCAAUUUCCAGGCAAGUGUUUACAUUUCCGGAAGUGACUGCAUUCCCUUCGGCCAAAUAAACCAAAAGACCUUGAAGAACCCUAAGUCCCAUUUGAUCUAGUUUUGUUACGCAGACUAGUUUCUACUCCUGAAAAGACAUGAUUGAUAGAGGGAAAACAAAACAAGCUAGUUCCAGAAGGUUGAACCGCGGUUUGAAGGAAUAUAGGAUAAGCCAGUUACCUGAUCCAUUGAUAUGUCAUGUACUUUCUCUUCUCUCCACAAAAGAAGCUGUUGGAACAAGCAUUUUAUCUACCCGAUGGAGGAAUCUCUGGCUUUGGGUUCACCGUUUUGAAUUGUCACAUUGGGAGUUCCUAGAUUUUAACGCCUUUGUGAGUUUUGGUAACAGGUAUUUCGACUCAACCAGGCUUUCAUGCAUACACAAUCUCAAGUUAACGAUUGAUGAAAACGAAGCAUCUUAUCUCACACCAUGGAUUGAUGCCUUAGUUAAGAGUAAGAUCCAACAUCUAUGUGUUCGCCGUACUGGAGGAGGGUCUUCUUUUCAUGAGAUGCCCCUAAGCCUUUAUGUCUGUGAGACACUGGUAUCCUUAAAACUCGUUCAACUAACCUUGGUUGAUACGGAGUUUGUUUCCUUACCAUGUUUGAAGACUAUGCAUCUAUAUAACAACAUGUAUCCCAAAGAGACCACUUUUGAGAGACUUGUCUCAUCUUGCCCUGUCCUAGAAGACUUAAUGAUAGACGUACUAAGGAAUGAUGCAAAAGUGCACUACAAGAAAACACGCCGAAUUCCGACGGAGAUUCCGACGGACGACACAGCCGUCGGACACUUUGGACGGAAUUCUGACCGAUUUCCGACGAAAACAAAAAAUCUGAAGUCGUCGGAAUUCCGUCGGCUAAUUCCGACGAAUUUCCGAGAAAACAUGGGUCGUCGGAAUAUUCCGACGACUUUUCGACGAUAUUCCGAUAAACAAUAUAACCGUUGUAGUCGUCGAAAAGUCGUCGGAAUAUUCCGUCAAAUUUCCGACGAUAUGCCGAUGAAAAGAUAUAACCGUUACGGUCGUCGGUAUUCCGUCGGUAUUUUCCGACGAAUUUCCGACGAACCAAGUGACCGUUGCCGACAAAUAAAUAUGACCGUUUUAUAGCCGUUCGAGAUUGGAAAAUACUGACGGAAUUCCGACGGAAUGCUUAAUAUCUGUCGGUAUUCCGUCGGAAAGUCGUCGGAUAUCCGUAAGCAAUUUCCUAUAAAUGCAACCCCUCCUCAUUCAUCUCAUUCACACCUCAUUCUCUCUUCUUUCUCUUUAGUCAUAACAAUUCCGUGAAAAUCAUGUCUUCAGGAGCUUAUUAUCGUUCGUGGAUGGAUAAACCUCAUUUGGAUCCCAA